GCCGGCACACUGCACACUACACACUAGUGCUAAAUAGUAUGCAAACAUAGUGUGCGGUUAAGGGACGGAGUCUGACAUCUACACAUGAAUAUAUCCAAAACACAAAACACAGAGUUUCCAUGAUCUAAUGUGCCUGACCGGUCUUUUCCCUUUCUUCCAUGAGGUCACAUGGAGCCACAAAGGUGUCUGGGAAAGGAAAGGGAUUGGGAUACUCUGGUUCAGAGUCCAAGGAGUGAAGAUGUGACCCAUGACAUGGAGGCAAUAUCGCUGCAGCCCAGUCAUAGUCCUCCUUCUAUUCAGCAGAGGAAGAACGUUCUGCAGCUCCGACUCCAGCAAAGACGCACACGAGAACAGCUGGUGGACCAGGGAAUUAUGCCGCCACUGAAGACUCCUGCUGCCUUUCAUGAACAGAUACGAAGCCUCGAGAGAGCCAGGACGGAGAAUUUCCUGAAGCACAAGAUCAGUAGUAGACCGAAGCGUGCAGAGCUGGUCCGCAUGCACAUCCUGCAAGAGACCCAGGCCGAGCCGUCAUUGCAGGCCACACAGAUGAAGCUCAAAAGGGCUCGUCUGGCUGACGACCUCAAUGAGAAGAUUGCCCAGAGGCCUGGCCCUAUGGAGUUGGUGGAGAAGAAAAUCCUGCCUGUAGACUCCACUGUCAAGAAGACAAUCAUUGAAAGUGAGGUGAAGGACCAAAAGACCCCAGAUGUUUAUAACUUUGAUGAGAACAGCAAUGAAGCUUUGUCCCCAGAUGAUCCAACCAGUCAGGAAUCUCAGUGCUCUGUCCCAUCACCCAGAGAGGCCAAGCUGCCUGAGAUUUCUUCUGCUACUCUGACCGCUGACUCCAACCUACAGUCCUGUCCACCUACGACCCAGAGCUCAGAGUUACUCAGUCAAACAUCAGCCGAGGAUCAGACAAACACUCAGCACAUAACUCCUGCUCAGCCAGUCACCACUGUUCCUCCCCCAAAACCAGGCCAUACUCUUGUGAAGCAAAGCCAGCCCAGGCUCCCUGGUGAGAAAAGCCGUAGCAAAAAGACCAAAGAACCCAAGCCAAGGGUAAAGAAGCUCAAAUACCACCUGUAUAUCCCACCAGACCAAAAACAGGAGCUCAGUGAACCCCCUAUGGACUCGACCUAUGCACGACUGCUUCAGCAACAGCAGCAGUUUCUACACCUGCAAAUCCUUAGCCAGCAACAACAGCACUACAACUACCAGACUAUUCUACCUGCACCUGCAUCGUUCAGGCCUUUGCCUAAGGUACAGAGCAGCUGUUCAAACGUGGCCAUGGGAAACAGCCAAACUUUACUGCCCGGUGCUGCCUCUGGACUCGGGAAUAACAGCACGAACAACCGUAAGCCUGGCUUUCUGCCUGCAAAUCUAGAUGAAAUGAAGGUAGCCGAACUAAAAAUCGAGCUAAAGCUGCGUGGUCUUCCUGUAUCUGGCACUAAAACUGACCUUAUAGAGAGGCUCAAGCCCCACCAGGGGAGCUACAAGGUCACCAGCACUCAGCAGACUGAGAUGAAUGGUGUCACGGCACCGCCGAGCAGUCAAAAGACAGAAAGCAUAAGCAUGACUCCUCCAGUGUCUCCUGUGCACUCAGAGGUUUCCACUGCCAGUAUGGAGGAGUCCAGCGACAGCAAAGCAUUGGCCGCUAUAUCUCCAUCCAUCAUGAAGACAGAAGACACAUCAAUGGAUGCAACAGUGCCUGAUAAAGACCAGAGUCUGUAUGAGAAGGAACGGCAGAUAGAGGAGCUGAUUCGCAAGCUGGAGCAGGAGCAGCGUCUGGUGGAGGAACUCAAGAUGCAGCUAGAGGUGGAAAAGAGGAAUCAACAGGGAGCACAGCAGCACGGUGAGCUUGAAACUCUCACCAGGAUAAAAGAGGAGCAUGAUGUCUCCUCCAGCUGUAGCUCCAUGGUGGAAAAGGAGGAGUUAAAGUCCCAGGGGCAGGUGCAGAACUUCUACAUUGCUGUACAAGGAGUUCAGGCUUCACAGACCAUCCUCGGCAAUCAAUCAGAGCAACACCUUCAUCUUCCACAGACACAGCCAGUUCUCCAAACCACAGUGUCUGUCUUAGCUCAAACCGAGAGUGCAGCAUUUCAGCAGCCUGGAAAUCCGACACAGAAUGCACCUCAAAUAAUAUCCGUGUGCAGCACCUCAGGCUCAGGUCUUCAGCUGGGGCAAAAGCAGGAGCAGCAAAGAUCUGAAGCGCUUCAGUCAUGCUCACCUGGACACAGUCCUCCAAAUGGAUUCACCACCAAACCAACUUCCCCCUGCCAGCCCACCUACAUCCUUCCACCAUCUCCAUUCAGAAAUCAUCACAGCCCUAAGAACAAAGACCCUCCUCGCUACGAGGAGGCUGUCAAACAAACUAGAGCUCUUCAGGCUACAGUGCAGAUCCCCACUGCGGUCAGUCAGCACAUGGAUGACUUGUUUGAUGUCCUGAUUGAGAGUGGAGAAAUCUCUCCUCUGCUCCAACACGAUGCUCUCUCUCCGGAUAAACAUCUGCCUGUGACAGCCAGUGUCACCACUCUCCCCAUCAGCACUGCACUGUCUCGUCCUCCACCUCAGGUUCAUGUAGCCCACAUGCCCAGUCUGGUUGCACUGGCCUCAGAUCACCAGCUGGAGGCGCUGCUGGACCGAACUCUGCCACGCAACCCUGAGACUCGUGCUCUCCGCCUCAUCGAGGAACUGCACAGCCAGUUGUUGGCGCCACCCCAGUCGCCCAUGGACACCACUGAGCUGGCGUUUUCCACCUCGCCACCUCCAUCUCUCAACCUAAAUGACACUAACCUGGACAACAUGGAGUGGUUGGACCUGAAUGUUCCAGAGUCAGGAGGUAUCUCUGCACCAGGUGCCAUCUUCUCAUCAGAAUUCCUAGACUCUCAUGAUUUGCAUUGGGACUGAAACAUAAGAGAGACACGAAUCUUUUGGUGAGAACCACAGGCCAUGAAGAUAUUGUGAAUUGAGAGUCUUUAGAGGUAUUCAGGGGUAAAAAAACAGAGGCCUCAUGCAACAGGAUUACAGCAGUGGAGGAUAGAGAGCUUUCUUACGUUCCAAUACUAGAUCUCUGUCCGAACCAUCUUGUAGGCACUCACCAUGAGCGCUUCAGCAACUGCAGUGUUCUAAUUCGGGCCUGGUUGGAAGCCAGGUGUUUCCAAUUUGUGCACUAAUGACUGUCUUUGAAGACAAACAAAGAAUGUCAGCCAUUUCUUCUCUUAUUUUUUGUUCAACGAUAAAUUUAUUCCUUUAUUUUUUA